AUGGCUUCUGCUGCUCGCACCUUCACUCGCACAGCCGCCCGUGCUGCCACGAGGAACACCUUCGCUGUUGCUCCUCGUCAGGCUUUCCGUCAGCACGGCCGCCGCUACUACUCCUCCGAACCCACCAAGCAGUCCUCCUCCUCCUCCCUGCUGCUCGCCCUCGCCGCAGCCGCUGCCGGUGGCGCAGGAUACUGGUACUACACCGCCAGCGGAGCUCCCUCUGCCGCCUCGGCAAAGAUUGUGAACCCCACCAAGGAUGACUACCAGAAGGUCUACAACGAGAUCGCCAGCCGCCUCGAGGAGAAGGACGACUACGACGAUGGCAGCUUCGGCCCUGUCCUGCUCCGUCUCGCCUGGCACGCUAGCGGUACCUUUGACAAGGCGACCGGUACUGGUGGAAGCAACGGCGCCACCAUGCGCUUCGCUCCCGAGUCCGAGCACGGCGCCAAUGCUGGUCUUAUCGCCGCUCGUGACUUUCUCGAGCCUGUGAAGGCCAAGUUCCCAUGGAUCACUUACUCUGAUCUCUGGAUCCUCGGCGGUGUCGCUGCCAUCCAGGAGAUGCAGGGCCCCAUCAUCCCCUACCGCCCUGGCCGCUCCGACCGUGACGUCGCCGCAUGCACUCCCGAUGGCCGUCUCCCCGACGCCACCCAGGGCUCCGACCACCUCCGCAACAUCUUCAACCGCAUGGGCUUCAACGACCAGGAGAUCGUCGCCCUCUCCGGCGCCCACGCCCUCGGCCGCUGCCACCGCGACCGCUCCGGCUUCGACGGCCCCUGGACCUUCUCCCCCACCGUCCUGACCAACGACUUCUACCGCCUCCUGGUCGAGGAGAAGUGGCAGUGGAAAAAGUGGGAAGGCCCCAAGCAGUACGAGGACGUGGCCACCAAGACACUCAUGAUGCUCCCCACCGACAUGACCCUCGUCACCGACAAGAAGUUCAGGCCCUUCACCGAGAAGUACGCCAAGGACAACGACGCCUUCUUCGCCGACUUCUCCGCCGUCGUCCUCAAGCUCUUCGAGCUCGGUGUCCCCUUCGCCUCGGGCAGUGAGAACCAGCGAUGGACCCUCAAGCCCACCUGGGAUGAGUCUAAAUAG